UCGUUGAAAGUCUUAGAACAGCUUUAUACUAAUGAGACAUUUGUAAACGGUUUGCGGAAUUUUACCUCACGGUUCAAACCUAGACUAUUGGAAAUGGCUUUAAGGGAAAUAGACAUAAAUGUUCGUAUAGCCAGCAUUCAGAUACUUACCAUAAUUCAUAAGAUCGGGAUGUUGGAAAGUGAAGACUGUGAUCAACUGUCACUUCUUAUAUAUUGUGAUGUAACAAGAGUAAGAAAAGCAAUCGCACCAUUCAUAAAAGAAACACUUGAGGAUGAUUUUAUACGGGAGAGAAUCUCAAAGGUUCAAACGUUCUUAGCAACAAAUGGUGGUACAAAACGAAAACGUGUAAACGGUAGUGGCAAUGCAGCAACCACUGCAAAACGAGAUUGGGUAGCGUUUAAAAUAAGUUUGGCAGUCCAAGAUCUAUGGAUAGAAUUGGAUAUUUUGCAUCAAUGGCAAAAAUUAGCAGACUAUCUUUCUAAAGAUCAUUCCUUGAUAAAUCAAAGUCGGACAUCUAAGGGUGGUGGCAUAAGUGCUGAUACUAUAGAAGAAUGCUAUCAUCUAAGCGAACAGGAAGAAACUGUAUUAGUACUGGUCUUUGUUAAAUGCUUGCAAUUAAUUCUUUCAGAUAAUACGACUAAAGACAAAAAGAAGUUCUUGACAAAAUAUGCACCUGAUGCAGGUCGAAUAGCUGAGGUUUUACGGAUACCUAUAUUGAUGAAUCUAGAUGUAUAUUCCGAUCUGCGUAUUCACAAGGCCUAUGAGGUACUUGUCGAAGAUAUAGUGAAGCUUUAUCUAAAACACACACAUCCGGUUGUUCUUUCACAUGCUGCCACAACAUUUCAACAUAUGAGACAAUAUAAAAAUUUUGCAUCAAUGACAGAGACGAGACUUGGAGAAUUACAAGAAGAAGUUAUUAAGACAUUCCUCAGGGAAUGUGAGGAUAAGGACUUAUUGACAAUGGACCUUACUAGUGAUCAAGUUCAUUCACUUUGUGUAGCAUUGAAUCGCAUAGAACAAUUAAUCACAGUUGUGAACUUUAUCGAUGCUGUAGAGGCAUGCGAUGAUAAUAACAAGAAUGUUUAUAAUUGCAUUAUACGGUUAGUCAGAAGAGGAUUACUGGGGAAUAUGGAAGAAGAAAAGGUGGUGUUAUUUUUUCAAUGUGAAGAUAUAUCUCUUGAUGUAUUGAACGAUCUAAUUGAAAAAAGAGAUCAGAUCGUUCAGACAUUAUUUGAUGUUGGAAUAUCAUAUGGAUCCCAAGCAUUACACAAUGUUAAAAUUAUGGAUGUUAUUGGUACUCUCCUCCGAGGUGUCAGGGGCGGCUGGCUUAAUAUCUCACAUGCAGCAAUUGUUAUUUGUAAUUAUGGAACUAUUGGAAGUGACCUUGAUGAUGUGAUUAAAAAACUUCUGUUGGAAUUUAAAGAGAGAAUAUCAUCAGGCGAUGAUGCAAAGUUAUUCGCAUCUGUUUAUACUUCAGAUAAAUCAUCGCAUAAAGAAAUGGACUAUGUUGUAGAGUUACAUCGCUCUGGGAUCCAGCAUAUUUGUUCAAUGAUAACAGCAUAUCAGAUUAUAAAUGAUUUUGAAGCUCAUGCAGUGGGCGAAUCGAGUAAAAAACGCACUGUAAAUAGUAAAAGAAGACGACGAACAUCAGAUAGUCGACGUAAUACGAAGGAUCAUCUUGUUGACUCAAAUUCUGAAAAUCAAGAGAAUAACGAGGGUAAUAAUAUUUCCCCAUCAUUUGGUGAUGAAGAUGUCAAUAAUUCUUUUAACAGUGAGAGAUCUUCACCUAAUAUGAAGCGGUCAGCGCCCGUCGACGAUAUUGAAAUCACAAAAUCACCUGCAAAAAAGAGAAAAUCUUAUGCUAAAAAAAGAUCAAGUGUGGAAAUGGGGGAUGUUAGUAAUGAAGAAAAGCCAGAUAAUGAAGGUUCAGAUAGUGAUGGAAGUUAUCAAAGCUUAUCUGAUGUACGAAUAACAAG